CACGACAUCGCCGCCCUGGUGCUGGGCAUCGUCCUCAUCCUGCUCAUCGUGGGCGGCAACGGGCUGGUGUGCCUCAGCGUCUGCACGGAGCGGGCGCUAAAGACCACCACCAACUACUUCAUCGUCAGCCUCGCCGUCGCCGACCUGCUGCUCGCUCUCCUCGUCCUGCCCCUCUACGUCUACUCCGAGUUCCAGGGAGGCGUGUGGUCCCUCAGCACGGUGCUGUGCGAUGCCCUGAUGACCAUGGACGUGAUGCUGUGCACGGCCUCCAUCUUCAACCUCUGUGCUAUCAGUGUGGAUCGGUUUAUCGCUGUUUCAAUCCCACUGAACUACAACCGGCGACAAAUCGACCUGCGGCAGUUGAUCCUUAUAUCCACCACCUGGAUAUUUGCCUUUGCUGUAGCAUCCCCAGUCAUAUUUGGCCUCAACAACGUCCCAAACCGGGACCCCAGCUUGUGUCAGCUGGAGGAUGACAACUACAUCGUGUACUCCUCCAUCUGCUCCUUCUUCAUCCCUUGCCCCGUCAUGCUGGUGCUCUACUGCGCCAUGUUCCAAGGACUCAAGCGUUGGGAAGAAGCCAGGAAAGCCAAGCUGAGGGGCAGCAUCUACGGGGCCAACAGGAAGCUGUAUCACCCCUCAACCUUUAUUGAGAGCAAGCAGACCGGACUGGAGCCAGAGGGGUGCAACCCUUACGCCCGCUCUGACCACCCUGGGGACUAUGUGAUGAACAAUGGGAUCCAGACUGUCUCCUACCCACACCUCAAGUACUCACACCCAGGACACAGUCAGAAGCGAGCCAAGAUCAACGGCCGGGAGCGGAAGGCCAUGCGGGUGCUGCCUGUCGUCGUCGGUGCUUUCCUCUUCUGCUGGACACCUUUUUUUGUGGUCCACAUUACCAGGGCUCUCUGCAAGUCCUGCGCCAUUCCCACCCAAGUCAUCAGCACUGUCACUUGGCUGGGUUACGUCAACAGUGCUGUCAACCCCAUCAUUUAUACCAUUUUCAACGCGGAGUUCAGGAACUUCUUCCGCAAAGUCUUGCGCCUCUUCUGCUGAGCCCACCGGAACUGGCGGGGAGAAGGAACGACCAGACUAUUUUUUGUAUAGUUCAUUAAAGAUCUAUUUCUGCCUAAGGCCUGCUGUCUUUGUUGGGAAGGAGGGAAGGAGGAGAGACAGCAGCUGAAGGAUGCUGGUUCCCAGCCCUUUCUAAUAAGGAGUUACAGGUGAGUACCGGUGGAUACAGCUCGGAUACUCUCCCCACUGGAAACUGCAGGCGUAGCCACUUUUUUAACACUUGGCACUUGACAUGAGCAGCAGGAGACACCACAAGACAGC